ACUCAACCCUUCACGUAGCGGAGUUGCACUUCUACAGGCAGGUGAGAGCAUUUUAAGGAAGCGGCUGUUGUAAUAGAGUUGAGGUGUGUUGUGAGUUGUUUAACAGAGCAUUUUGAGGAAGUAUUCCAAAUCAAGAUGAAUAUAACAUCCGCAGCGGGUAUAAUUUCCCUUUUGGAAGAGCCCAUGCCAGAGCUGAAAGUUUUUGCAUUGAAGAAGCUCGAUUUGAUUGUUGAUGAAUUUUGGCCAGAAAUUUCAGAAGCAAUUGAGAAAAUCGAAAUUCUUCACGAGAAUAAAAGUUUCACUCAGCACGAACUCGCAGCUCUUGUGGCCAGUAAAGUGUACUAUCAUCUGGGGUCAUUUGAAGACUCUCUGACUUACGCGUUAGGAGCUGGAAACUUGUUCGACGUUAAUUCACGGACUGAAUACGUGGAUACAACUAUUGCCAAAUGCAUUGACUACUAUACACAGCAAAGGAUCGCUAAGGCUGAGAAUUCUAAAGAUGCAAAGGAAAUUGACCCUCGUUUGGAAGCUAUAGUGAACAGAAUGUUCCAGCGCUGCUUGGACGACGGCCAGUACAGGCAAGCCCUCGGUCUGGCCCUGGAGACACGCCGAAUGGACAUCUUUGAGAAAGCUAUUAUUGAAUCUGAAGACGUAAAUGGGAUGCUGUCAUACGCGUUCCAAGUUGCGAUGAGUCUCAUACAGAACAGGGGCUUCCGUAAUAUAGUGCUGCGUUCGCUGGUCGGGCUGUACCGAAAUCUGGCGACACCAGAUUAUGUCAACAUGUGUCAGUGUCUUAUCUUCCUUGACGAUCCAUUGGCUGUAGCUGAAGUUUUAGAGAAGCUGAGCAAGGAUACAGAGGAUAGUGUUCUUAUGGCGUAUCAGAUUGCAUUUGAUCUGUAUGAGAGUGCAACGCAACAGUUCCUGGGCAGAGUACUCCAAGCUCUGAGGGCCACGGCCCCUAUUCCUGCAGCCACAAAUAAGAUUGUGAAAGUACCAGUCGAGGGUGCAGCUAAGGAAGAGGCGUCUGGGGAAUCCAGCUCUGAAGUGGCUGACGAGGAGAAGAAACCGGAGAGGAAAAUGGAGUCUCUCAAUGAAGAAGAGAAAUGUCACCAACAGAGGGUUGAAAAAUUGACAAGCAUUCUAAGCGGUGAAGUCUCCAUCGACCUCCACCUUCAGUUCCUGAUUCGCAGCAACCAUUCAGACAUGCUGAUCCUGAAGAACACGAAAGAUGCCAUCAGAGUGUCCAUCUGCCACACUGCCACGGUCAUCGCAAACGCUUAUAUGCACAGUGGAACUACAAGUGAUCAGUUUUUGAGGGAUAAUUUGGAAUGGCUUGCCCGAGCUACCAACUGGGCAAAGUUAACAGCCACGGCUUCUCUCGGAGUGAUUCAUCGCGGUCACGAGCACGAAGCCCUUCUUCUGAUGCAGAGUUAUUUGCCGAAAGAAGUUGGACCCAGCUCCGGCUACUCGGAGGGUGGUGGCCUCUAUGCCCUUGGUCUUAUCCAUGCCAAUCAUGGAGCUGUCAUAACUGAUUAUCUGCUUGGACAACUCAAAGAUGCACAGAAUGAGAUGGUUCGUCAUGGCGGUUGCCUUGGCCUGGGUCUGGCUGCGAUGGGAACAAACAGGCAGGAUGUGUAUGAACAACUGAAGUUCAAUUUAUACCAAGAUGACGCGGUGACUGGCGAAGCUGCCGGCAUCUCGAUGGGCAUGGUGAUGCUGGGCUCGAAGGCUACGCAAGCCAUUGAAGACAUGGUGGCGUAUGCCCAAGAGACUCAGCACGAGAAGAUCCUACGAGGUCUGGCGGUCGGCAUCGCGCUAACUAUGUACGGUCGUCUUGAAGAAGCUGACCCUCUCAUCACAAGCCUCUGCCAAGACAAGGAUCCCAUCUUACGUCGGUCUGGCAUGUACACGCUUGCCAUGGCUUAUUGCGGCACCGGAAACAACCAGGCCAUCCGUAAACUUCUUCAUGUCGCUGUGUCGGACGUGAACGACGACGUGAGGCGUGCGGCCGUCACCGGCUUGGGCUUUCUUCUGUUCAGGUAGGGAUUUCAUCAUCCAUU